AUGGCGUUAAGGGGAACGAUGCUACGAACCGCCGGGAAGUUCGCCGGUGUGAACUCUAAUCUCCGACGAUUUAUCCACAUCACUUCACGUCCGGCGCCUCUAGAUAGCGUGGUUGAUCGGCUGACGGAGACAUCACCAUCGUUGGUUUUACCUGAAAAUGAGAAUAACAGCAGCAUGUUUCCAAAUUCACCUUUCAAUUGGGGGUCCAUGGAGCUUAUGGCUGUUCCUAAGAAGAAGGUUUCUCCUCACAAGAGAGGCAUAAGGAAUGGACCAAAGGCUCUAAAACCCGUUCCAGUGAUUAUUCGUUGCAAGGCUUGUGGUCGAGUCAAGUUGCCACAUUUCUUUUGUUGCAGUGGGAUUAAGCAGAACCCUGGUGAAGAGAACAAUUCUACCGGUUGA